UUUAUUUAUUCAUUCUGGUAUUAUUUAUUGAGUGGGCACCCUAAACAUUCUUUUAGUCAACAGAAUAUAAAAUUGAUGAGGUAAACAAGCACUCUGCCCUCCCAGAGCUUGGGCUAGUGGGUAGAACAAUUGGUAAGAAAACAAAUGAAUAAACAAGAUGAUUUUUUAGAGAGAGACAUAUGCUGUGAAGAAAAUAAAAAUAAUAGAGUGUAACCCUGAGGCAGUUUUGCACAAUGGAACAUCUAAGCCAGGAAGUCAGACAAAGCCUCUUGGAAAGUGGGUAUGUUGCAGGGAGCGGAGUGUGAUGGCAGAUCAUGGCUGAGAAAGGGGAGAACUGCAGAUGGGGAAUCAGGAGGGCCUCUCUUAAAGGGUGGCACCUGAGGGAAACCAAGAGGCAACCAGCCAAGGGAUGGACGGGGCAGGGCUUCCAGGCAUCAGGGAACAGCUAGGGUAACCAUGGGGGAGGGGGGUGUCAAGGAACAGCAGCGAGCCAGUGUGCCAAAGGAGAGAGAGGAGAGAGAAAAGGGCUUUGAGGGCCAGUAUAAAAAACUGGAUGCCAUUCUGGACGCCAGCGGUGGCCUUGGAACAGUAGUGCUCAGCAUGCAAAGAGCACACGUCACGAAUGGGACUGGGCCUUCAUGCCACCACCUCUGUGACAUCACUGAGCACUGUGACAUCACUGGGCACUGUACCGUCCCGGCAGGUUGCCUGUGCCCCACGUCGCAGUAACAUCGCGGUGGGUCCUGGUGCAGCUAGGCCAUGAAACUUUAGGAAGCAUGUCGAAACGCGACAUCGUCCUCACCAAUGUCACCGUUGUCCAGCUGCUGCGACAGCCAUGCCCGGUAACCAGAGCACCACCCCCACGGGAGCCUGAGCCCCAGCCCGAGCCCGAGCCCCAGCCCGAGCCUGAGCCCGAGCCCCAACCUCAGCCUCAGCCUAUCAAAGAGGAAGUGCCACCUCCUCCUCCACCUCCACCUCCACCUCCACCAAAACCUACCGUGGUUCGGGAACUGACUGUGGGCAUCAGUGGAUUUGGACGCAUCGGUCGCCUGGUGCUGCGCGCCUGUAUGGAGAAGGGCGUGAAGGUGGUAGCAGUGAACGAUCCAUUCAUUGACCCAGAAUACAUGGUGUACCUGUUCAAGUAUGACUCCACCCAUGGCCAAUACAAGGGGACUGUGGAAUACAAGAAUGGACGGCUGGUCGUGGAUAAACAGGAGAUCAGUAUCUUCCAGUGCAAGCAGCCCAGAGAUAUCCCCUGGAAGUCUGUCGGGAGCCCCUUUGUGGUGGAGUCCACAGGCGUGUUCCUGUCAUUAGAAGAAACUUCCGUAAGUGGGAGAGGUGUCCAGGGCUGGCUGGGGGCGGGGUGGUGGUGGCACUCAAAGCACCUCAUGAAUUCACGACACCAGUGCUCCUUCCUCCUUCCCCAGAACCACAUCAAGGCAGGUGCCCUUCGUGUGGUCAUCUGCGCUCCCUCACCAGAUGCACCCACAUUUGUCAUGGGGGUGAACGAAAAGGACUAUAACCCUGACUCCAUGAAGAUUGUCAGCAAUGCAUCCUGCACCACCAACUGCCUGGCCCCCCUCGCCAAGGUCAUCCAUGAGCGAUUCGGGAUCGUGGAAGGACUGAUGACCACAGUGCAUUCCUACACUGCCACCCAGAAGACAGUGGAUGGGCCAUCGAACAAGGCCUGGAGAGAUGGACGGGGAGCCCACCAGAACAUCAUCCCAGCCUCCACAGGGGCUGCCAAGGCUGUGGGCAAAGUCAUCCCAGCACUCAAAGGGAAGCUGACAGGAAUGGCAUUCCGGGUGCCAACCCCCGAUGUGUCUGUUGUGGACCUGACCUGUCGCCUGGCCCAGCCUACUCCAUACUCGGCCAUCAAGGACGCUAUAAAAGCAGAAGCCAAGGGGCGCAUGGCUGGUAUCCUUGCCUACACUGAGGAUGAGGUUGUCUCCACGGAUUUCAUCAGCAAUACUCACUCGUCCAUCUUCGAUGCUAAAGCCGGCAUCGCGCUCAACGACAAUUUCGUGAAGCUCAUUUCCUGGUACGACAACGAAUACGGCUACAGUCACCGGGUGGUGGACCUUCUCAGCUACAUGUUCAGCCGAGAUAACUGAAGCAGGACACCCCCUACUCUGCUUCCCUGUUCUCCCCGGGCCGGAACCUCUACUUCUCAUUCCCGCCCUCGGCUCCCAAAAGGUGCCCCCUGCGCCGCUGGGCCACCAGCGAAAUAAAAAGCCAGAGU